CUUGUUUUAUAUUCCAGUCGGAAUUCGGAUAUUUCCGACAGCACUUGAAGGCGGCAUCAGUUGGACGUUUAACUCGGCGAACAAACAACCGUGUGGAACAAAGUCAGAGUAAACAACCAUGAAACGUCCCGGAAACGUAUUAACCGCCACGUUAACAACAUUAACUCUUCUACUUUGCCUGCGUUCAGUCAGAGGGGACUACUGCGAGGUGAACGUCUGCCACAACGGAGGAACGUGUGUGACGGGGAUUGGCGAGGAUCCGUUCAUCUGCAUCUGCACGGAUGGCUUCGCCGGAGACACCUGCAACCUGACCGAGACCGGGCCCUGCAGUCCCAACCCCUGCAAGAACGACGGGUCGUGCAAGAUCCUCGCUCCCACCAGGCGAGGGGACGUGUUCAGCGAGUACGUCUGCAAGUGCCAGCCCGGCUUCCAGGGAGCGCACUGCCAGAUCAACGUGAACGACUGCGCCAACAAGCCCUGUAAGAAUGGAGCGGUGUGUCGAGAUCUGGACGGCGACUUUGCGUGUCAGUGCCCUUCGCCGUAUGUUGGGAAGCAGUGCCAGCUAAGUUGCAUCUCUCUGCUGGGGAUGGAGGGAGGAGCCAUCGCAGAGUCUCAGAUUUCCGCCUCCUCGUUGCACUACGGCAUUCUGGGCCUUCAGCGCUGGGGCCCGGAGUUGGCGCGGCUCAACAACCAGGGCAUCGUCAACGCCUGGACGUCGGCCGCCCACGACAGGAACCCCUGGAUCGAGAUCAACAUGCAGAAGAAGAUGCGCCUGACGGGCAUCAUCACCCAGGGGGCCAGCCGCAUGGGCACGUCCGAGUACGUCAAGGCCUUCAAGGUGGCGAGCGGCUUCGACGGGAGCGCUUACGCCACGUACAGAGCGGAGGGCGAGAGGCGGGACAAGGUUUUUAUCGGCAACACGGACAACGACGGCACCAAGACCAACCUCUUCGACCCCCCCAUCGUGGCCCAGUACAUCCGCAUCAUCCCGGUGGUCUGCCGCAGGGCCUGCACGCUGCGCAUGGAGCUGGUGGGCUGCGAACUCAACGUCUAUUCAAACACGUCAGGUUGCUCGGGGCCCCUGGGAAUGAGGUCCCGCCUCGUAUCCGACGGGCAGCUCUCGGCCUCCAGCGCUUUCCGCACGUGGGGCAUCGAUACCUUCACGUGGCACCCGCAGUUUGCCCGGCUGGAUAAGCAGGGCAAGACAAACGCCUGGUCCCCUGCACACAACAACCGCUCGGAGUGGAUCCAGGUCGAUCUGGAGAAGACGAAGCGGCUCACGGGCAUCGUCACUCAGGGGGCCAAGGACUUUGGGGUGGUGCAGUUCGUGACCGUGUUCAAAGUCGCCUACAGUAACGAUGGAGAGUCGUGGAGUACAGUGAAGCAGGAGGACACCGGCAAAGAUAAGCUUUUCCAAGGCAACGUGGACAACAACACCCACAAGAAGAAUCUCUUCGAGCCGCCGUUCUACGCCCGGUACGUCCGCGUGGUGCCCUGGGAGUGGCACGAGCGCGUCACUCUGCGCAUGGAACUGCUGGGCUGCGACGACUAGAAACCCGGCUGUCAGGGUUUUUCGACCCGGCGCCGCUCGGUCCCAAUCGGGCGGCUCCGUCUCCUCGGACCACGGCAGAGGGAGAAGAGAGCUCCUGCUGGGACUGUGACACUUGUAGCACUUUCUAACUGUAGUGGUCGUGUUAAUGACGUUGCUCACGGGGAGAAUACCGUAACUUGAAUUUGAAUAACUUUGGGUAAAAAGUAAAUGUGGUCUUGGUUCAUAUUAGUUACUCGUGAGUCGAUGGACGUCCUCUUCCAGUUCUCACUCGAAGCAAAAUUGCUUUAAACAGUUGGCAACCCACCCAUUUUUUGUUGAUUAACAGUCUGCGGAGGAGAGAUUAAAAAGGACCUCAUUGCUGUUUAAGCACACAUGACGGAGGACCUGUGCAAUAAUAUUUAAACGUUCAGACAAUCCUGGACGAAGUGUCAAACACUAGAAAAAUGACAUCUUUCAAAUUUGAACUGCAUACAUUUCAGCAGUUUUUUCCACUUCAUUCUCACAAAUAGUUUCAUUGAGUCUGAAUCCUUUUUACAACAGAAAUGAAAUAUGUAGAAAGAUGUGUUGAAAAUAAACCUUGUUUUACAUUUUUUUUUAUUAAUGUUAUUCAUUGUUGGUAUUGUACUAAGAUCAUUUAUUAAAAAUGUUUAAAAAAGGUAUCGUUUUUUACCGUUUCAAGAGCCACCAUACCUGUCACGUUGCAGUAUAAGCUUCUAUUAAGAAAGCUGAUCUUUAGAGAUAAAGAGUCACAUAUCGCUGCUCAUUGAAACCUGCAGAGGAAGGUCAAGCACGACUUUGUAUUCAUUUUGAUGCUCUCGGGACAGAAAUAAACUUCCAAUUCACAUACU